AUGGUCGAUUCACAACUCCUCGAUACAACACCGGACGAAGCGAUGCCUGUCGACCUAUCUACCUUCGACAUCGCAAGUCUGGUCAAAACACCGCACAAUGCCCGCGUCUACCAGGAGGUGCAGAAGCUCAAGGCUAUGAUCAACGAGCUUGUGGAUUACCAGAUCGCGCAUCCUCAAAACCCGAUGUCCGCUUCACGCGAUGAGAUCGACGGCGCAAAGAAGACGAAGCGCGAAGUCGAGAAGAAAGAAAAGUACAUUCGCGCGCAGUUGUCUAUUAUCAAGACGCUAUAUCGCCAGAGCGUGAUGAAGGUGCGCGAAGAGAAGGCGAAUACUGCAGACGACAGGGCGGUCAAUGAUGCUUUGAUCCUGGGUCUGCACAAUCUUAAGUAUGAGGAACAGUCGCUGAGGUCUGAAAUCUCGGCUGCUGAGAAUUACGAUCACAAGUACAUGAAACUCCCUCUUAUCCCCGCUGAGGAUUUUCUCGAACAAUUCCCCGAGCAUAGCGAUUCAUCUGAACAUGACCUUAUGACGGCGCGUAUCGAACACGAGCAUCAGGUCCGCCUCAAGUUAGAGGAGCGUCGACAAGAAAAGCUCAAGCAGAAGCAGAAGCUGAUUGCAGAAGUCAAGAAGGGCAAGGAUGAUCUUACGAAGCUAGAUACCAUGGUCGAGAAGUUUAUUGAGGAUGCGGAGCCGAUUAAGAAGGUGCUGGCAACCGAGUAA